CUGGCGCGCAGAGUCUUCUGACGGCCCCAGCCAGGGAAUUUCAAUUUGAAACCUAGCGGAGGGAGGAGGCGGGCCCCACAGGUCGGCGCUGGAGCUGCAGCAGGACGGUCCUAGCGGCUGGCAACCUCCUGAGGCGCGGUGUCCGGAGCGCAAGCUGUGACCAUGACUACUGAAGUAGGUUCUGCACCCGAAGUUAAGGAGGAAUCUGACCAGUUAGGAGCAGAAGCAACCAAGGAGGACCCCGACGAAGUGGUGGAAAAUCAGCAGAAUCAGUCAUCUGGUCCAGAGGAGGAAAAAGGUUCCCAGUCAUCUCCUACAGCUGAAAGCCAAAAUAGUUCACGCCGCCGCAAGAGAGAGAAGGAUCCAUCUGAGAGCAGGGGUAUAUCUCGGUUCAUACCCCCAUGGCUCAAGAAACAAAAGUCCUACAACUUAGUCUUGGCCAAAGAUGGAGGAGAUAGAAAAGAGCCUACCCAAGCUGCUGUGGAAGAACAGAUUUUAGGUAAAGAGGAAUCUCUUCCUGCUGAAGAAAGGCAGGCCAAGGGUGAUGCUGAAGAAAUAGCUCAGAGAAAACAAGAGGUUAAGGUUGAUGUCAAAGAAGAGAAACCUUUGGUGAGCGGUCCUGAGACACAGCCUGUUGAAGAACUAAGUGAGGAGAAAGAAGAAGAGAAGGUAAACGAAAUACAGGAAGACAAAUCAGAGGAAGUAGCAAAAAGGGAGACAAAGGAAGUACAGACCAAUGAGCUACAAGCUGUGAAGCCCUCUCAAAAAACUGCCAAGAAGACCAAGACUGUCCCGUGUAAAGUGACCCUCCUCGAUGGCACUGAGUACAGCUGUGACCUGGAGAAACGUGCAAAGGGACAAGUGUUAUUUGACAGAGUGUGUGAAUAUCUCAAUCUCCUGGAGAAGGACUACUUUGGACUUAUGUACCAGGAAAACCCUGAGCAGAAAAUUCUGAAGCCCUUCCUUGGAGAAUGUUUCAGGUGGGUGAUGGAUGACCAUGGCCUGGGCCGACAUCAGUCACCAGGUGUGGAUUUAGUGCUUGGUGGGUGCCUAAAACUGCCAACUGCUGUAGAAGAGACAGAUGACCAUGGCCUGGGCCGACAUCAGUCACCAGGUGUGGAUUUAGUGCUUGGUGGGUGCCUAAAACUGCCAACUGCUGUAGAAGAGACAGAUCUUCCCUGGCUGUUCACCUUUAAUGUGAAGUUUUACCCUCCUGAUCCUUCUCAAUUAACUGAAGAUAUCACCAGAUACUUCUUGUGCCUUCAGCUCCGGCAGGACAUUGCCUCUGGCCGCCUGCCCUGCUCUUUUGUGACUCAUGUCCUGCUUGGAUCUUACACACUGCAGGCUGAACUUGGGGACUAUGAUCCGGAAGAGCAUGACAGUAACGACCUCAGUGACUUCCAGUUUGCCCCCGCUCAGACGAAGGAGCUGGAAGAGAAGGUGGCAGAGCUGCAUAAAACCCACAGGGGCUUGUCUCCAGCACAAGCUGAUUCUCAGUUCUUAGAAAAUGCAAAGAGGCUUUCCAUGUAUGGUGUCGACCUGCAUCAUGCCAAGGACUCAGAAGGCGUGGACAUCAAGCUGGGCGUGUGUGCUAACGGUCUCCUUAUUUACAAAGACAGACUGAGAAUCAAUCGUUUUGCUUGGCCAAAAAUCUUGAAAAUUUCCUAUAAGCGCAGUAACUUCUACAUUAAAGUCAGGCCAGCAGAGCUGGAACAGUUCGAGAGCACCAUUGGAUUCAAACUGCCAAACCAUCGGGCAGCCAAACGGCUCUGGAAGGUGUGUGUGGAACAUCAUACUUUCUACAGGCUUGUGUCUCCAGAGCAGCCACCAAAGGCCAAGUUCCUGACCUUGGGUUCCAAGUUCCGCUACAGUGGUCGCACCCAAGCCCAGACCCGCCAGGCAAGCAGCCUCAUUGAUAGGCCAGCACCACAGUUUGAGCGCACCUCCAGCAAACGGGUCUCCAGGAGCCUAGAUGGAGCUCUGAUUGGUGUUGUGGACCAAAGUCUUAUGAAGGAUUUUCCUGGCCCUGCUGGGGAGGUUGCAGCAUAUGCCCCCGGAGUUGUCAGCCCUGCUGUGGCGCAAGAUGGCGAUGGCAGAAGGGUCGUCAGAAGCUCAAUUAAAGCCCCACAUGUCCAAUUCAUUGAAGGAAAGCCUGUUUCUCUGUGUCCACCUUCACCACUCAUCCUCUAUGCUUCAUCUCUUUCCCCAAACCUGUUGCCAGUCCCUGAAAUGGACUUGCUUUCAGACAUUUCCGAGGAAGACCCCUUUGGGGAGGCCGACCAGAUCACACUAGACAGCUUAGAUCUCCUUCCCAUGGGCGAACCAUCAGAGCAAGGGAACUCCGAAGUCGCCACCCUUGGGUCUGCCUCAGAUCCAGUUGUAGACCCUCCUCAGCCUGACUGUCCUCCCACCCAUGAGAAGCCUCAGAAAGAGACUGACCACAAGGAUUCUGAGUUUGGGUAUUUUUCCUUCAGUGUCUGCGAAGGUUUUCCCCCUAGCUUCCCCUCACUUCUUGAUGAAGAUGGCUAUCUCGCCUUCCCCAGCCUCUCCAAAGUGUGGGUCUCCUUCCUCCCCGCUGACCUCCAGCACUGUGUUCUCAUCAGCUCGCCCUCUUUCCUCCCUUCCCUCCUCCUCCUCUUUGGGCUGCUCCUCUCUGCUUCUCAGUCAGUGCCGUUUUCUCUCACCAUUUCCCUUCCUCUGGCUCUAGCCCUCUGCUACCUGGAGGCGAAAGCCUCUUCCUUCAAUGUGUCUUAUGACUGUGACUUGAGUGACAGAACAGAGGGAGAGGAAGCAGUUGCUGGCACUCCUAAAAAAAAUUCCUUGAGAGUAGAAGGGGAUAAUAUUUAUGUCAGACAUAGCAAUUUAAUGUUGGAGGACCUGGAUAAGGCCCAGGAAGACAUACUGAAACAUCAGGCUAGCAUUAGUGAACUCAAGCGCAAUUUUAUGGAAUCCACACCUGAGCCGCGCCCUAAUGAAUGGGAAAAACGACGUAUCACACCUCUGUCCCUACAGACACAAGGGAGAAAAGGAGACCAUCUUUUCAAGGAUAUUUUAUCCAUGAAGGAGAAGCAUCAGAUGACAGCAACACGGACAGUUGAAGAAAAAGCCCAGGAGGCAGACAAGAGCCUAGAAGAGGAGAUAACAUCACUUUUGUUUAGUGAAAAGGGCUUUUCUGAUAGCAUGAGAGCCACCUUCACCUCAGCCACCACUUGGACAGCAGAGGGCGCUGUUGUGAACUGUAAUGCACCUUCUGAAAAGCUUGCUUCCUCGCCCUUCUCACAGUUGCCUGAGAAACGUGCUCCUGCGUCUGAAGGGCCUUGCACUGGAGCCAGUGAUGCUGUUAAGAGUUCACAUGAGACUCUGAAUGUAGUGGAGGAGAAGAAGCAGGCAGAGGUUGGGAAAGACGAAAGAGUAAUCACAGAAGAAAUGAACGGUAAAGAGAUAUCACCUGGGAGUGGUCCUGGGGAGACUCGUAAGGUGGAGCCUCUGACACAGAAAGACUCCACCUCCCUGUCUUCUGAGAGCAGCAGCAGCGAGAGCGAGGAUGAAGUGGGAGAGUACCGGCCCCACCAACGAGUGACCGAGGGCACCAUCAGGGAAGAGCAGGAGUACGAAGGAGAGGUGGAGGAGGAACCCCGCCGAGCAGCCAAGGUAGUGGAGCGGGAGGAGCCAGUGCCAGCGGCCAGCCCCGUCAGACACGCGGGGGCCAGUGUGAGCGCAGGAGAGACAGGGACCCAGGAGGACGUAGUGACCCCAAAGGAGCCCGCAGAGAGGAGCGCGCGCCAGGGCGCUGUCCAGCAAGGCCUGGAUGAAGACACGGAGGAAGAGCUGCACAGAGUUAACGGAGAGGUGGCUCAUGUUGACGUUGAUGUUUUGCCACAAAUAAUUUGUUGUUCAGAGCCACCAGUGGUAAAAACAGAGAUGGUAACAAUUUCUGAUGCCUCACAAAGGACAGAAAUCUCCACCAAGGAAGUCCCUAUUGUCCAAACUGAGACCAAAACCAUCACAUACGAGUCUCCACAGAUUGAUGGCGGGACUGGUGGCGACUCGGGAACAUUACUGACAGCACAAACCAUCACAUCUGAGUCUGUGUCAACAACGACAACCACUCACAUCACCAAGACGGUAAAAGGUGGAAUAUCUGAAACACGAAUUGAAAAGCGCAUCGUGAUCACAGGAGAUGCAGAUAUUGAUCAUGACCAGGCACUGGCCCAGGCCAUCAGGGAAGCCAGAGAGCAGCACCCUGACAUGUCGGUCACCAGAGUGGUGGUACAUAAAGAAACCGAGCUGGAGGAAGGAGAAGAUUAAGGAAUUCACUUUUUAAAACAGCAUUCAGUUUGGUGAACCUUAAGAAUUUUGACCGUCCCGAGUCUUCAUGCCACACCACUAUUCCUGCGAAUUCCUAUCACGACUCGUAACAGUGACCUGAAGGAAGAAAAUGCUGACACCAGACCAGACCUCACCUUAGCAGCUCUGGUCUAUGCCGCUCCACUGCAUUUUAAUAUAUUGUUUUGUUUUAUAACCACUUCUAAAUAGUCUUUGUUCUUUUUUUUUUUUUUAAAUUAGGGAGGUUUUUUUUUUCCCUGUUGACUUUGUGUACAACUACCUGCUUUUUAUGACUCAUUUUGAUCAAAUGAUAGUGAACAAAGCCAGCCCAAGCUGGUAAGGUGCUGUUCACUUGAACAGGUGCUGUUGUGCGGAAAGGAAACUCUAAUUUAGGUAGUGGCUUUCCUUCUUCCAGAUCCUUCCCAUUGAAUUAUUACAGUAAAUAUUUACAGAGUUUUCAGAUUGCAGUAAAUAUACUGUAUGAGAUAAUAAUAAUACAGAUUAAAAGCAUUUCUUACACCUUGAAAAUUUUCUAAUGUUAGAGAAUUUAAUUGGGGGUAUUUUUUAUAUUGAACCCUUUUGACUUUCCAGUCCUGUGACUUUUACUUUCAGUAGAAAGUCAGAGAAUCUCCAGACUGGAGAAUUAUGAAGAAGUUUGCGGACCUUGCACUGUGUUUAGAGACCCUAUUGCACCACAGUGCCAAUGCUUCUCGGACAUGGGCUCUUCGGCAGCAUUCCAGAAACAGGAGGGAUGAGAGAGGAAACAAUUUCGUCCCUUCUACUAAAAUAUUCAGGCAGCUUAAAACCUUAGUGCUUUCUUUCUUAACAUGUCCAAAUUUCAAUACUUAACAUUAUUUGAACGCUUGCGUAGAACACUUGCUUUGUAUUAAACCUCCUUGUGUACAUGUAAAACUGACUUCUUGUUACUUGUAUCUCUCAGAUAGUUGGGUAAUUCACACAGGUUUGAGGACACUGGGGAGAGGAAUAGGGGCUGUGGUGGUUUUUUUGAUGGUUACAAGAAAGCUAUACCAUAUAAAGCUUGACACCAGAAACCUGAUAGGGACUUAUUAACUGUGUUGAAUGUUUUUCCUUUGCUUUUGACCCCAUGUAUAGUUACGAUGCCAGAUUAGAUAUACAACAGCUUCAAGUUGUAUUAAAUGAUAUUUUGCUUUCUGUAAUACUGUUAUAAAAUAAAGUUUGUUUAUUCUCUAAA